AUGGAAAAUGGUUGUUUCAGAAAAUGCCCUACACGCCAAGUUUUCAUUAGAGGCGGGAAAUCUCACUGCAUCGAUGCCUGCAGCGCGGAGACCAUGUGCGGAGAAGUGAAGGUCCCAGAAGAGCAUUUGAAUCCCUGCUUUGUCUGCAACAACACGGGCCACGACUGUCGCAAGUUGCCAUGGCAACCGGUCAACACGCAAGAUGACGUCACUACGACUGAAAGUAGUGAUACUGGGUCCCAAGAAAUAUUAGAAGAACCAAUCGGUAUAGAAGACACCGACUUCGUGUUGUACGUGAGUGCGGUAGAGACGGAACGAUGUAGGCGUGGCCUGACCGUCGCGUACGCAUCGCACUGCCAACAAGAAUCUGCUUUAGACAGGCCGGUGGCUGGUCACGCGAACUUCUGCCCGGGAGAACUGUCGACCCGGUACAGGGAUCUACCCCACGUGCUGUCUACUGUCAAACAUGAAAUGUUGCAUGCGCUUGGUUUCAGCGUGUCACUUUUUGGAUUCUACAGAGAUGAAAAUGGCAACCCAUUAACGGAGAGACGGUCAGAUACUGGUAACCCGCCGUUAGACGAACAAUUACAGAUCCACAAGUGGUCAGACCGCGUCGUGCGGAACAUAACAAGAAAGAAAUGGAUGAUAAGGGGCGGUUACAUGGAGAGGAUAUUUCACAUGAUUGUAACUCCGCGAGUGGUUAAGGAGGUCCGAGAACACUUCAACUGUUCGACGCUAGAGGGCGCUGAACUGGAAGACCAGGGCGGAGAUGGAACCGCCCUGACACAUUGGGAGAAACGAGUUUUUGAGAACGAAGCCAUGACGGGUACUCACACGCAAAACAGUGUCUUCAGCAGGAUCACGUUCGCCAUGAUGGAAGACACCGGCUGGUACAGGGCGAACUAUGAGCUAUCCACCCCGCUGCAUUGGGGCAAGAAUUUGGGAUGCGCCUUCGCGACCACGUCAUGCAAGCAAUGGCUCAACACGCAAAGGUUAAGGCGACGAAACCCAGCGCCAUUUUGUGAACGCAUCAAGGGCGAACCACUUCGCACCGAAUGUUCGCCACGACGAAACGCCGUCGUCUUAUGUAAUCUAGUUAGACACGACAAUAUCUUGCCAAGGCAAUACCAGCACUUCGACACUCUGCCGAACGUACCCGCCGGUGACGAAGCGCACUAUGGUGGCUCAGUGUCCCUCGCAGACUACUGCCCUUACCUCCAGGAGUUUACGUGGAAGCACAAAAGCGUUCUCCUCAGAGGCAGUAGAUGUUCAUACGAAGAGAAUACACCAAAGACUGACGUCAAUUUUGCAUUAGAAAAUUACGGACCUCACUCGAAGUGCUUCGAUCACAGCGACAGAGUGUGGGAGCAGAAAUCGUGUAGACAGAUCAGGGAAUGGCAACACUGGGGUUCCGGUUGCUAUAAAUACAAGUGCGACAGUGGACGUCUACACAUUAUAGUUGGCAACUACACGUACACAUGUUAUUUCGCGGGUCAAGUGUUGCAAGUGCGAAUAAUUCAGAAGGGCUGGCUACACAAGGGCGGGGUGGUCUGUCCGCCGUGUAGGGAAAUGUGUGGAGAGGAAUUCGCUUCGCGCAACGAGUACUGCAAAGGCGGAGAGGAGGCGCCGCCACCAAAUUUGUAUCCAAAUGACUUCCUGGCUUGCGACGCGCCAAGGCUGUACCAAAAUAUCAUCCUAUUAUUGACAACAUUAUGGAGUAUUUUGUACUGA